UGUACCAGGCAGGUUUUUGUGGUCCUGACACUCUACGCUUCACACUGUAGGCUGACUUAAGCAAUGUAAACGGUUCCUCUCCGAUGCAAAGUUUUUUUUUCCCCGAGAGAAUUAUUCACGAUGCCAGGAUAGUGUCGUGAAUUAUAUUGUAAUUAAAUGUGAAUUUAUGCAAGCAAUUAAACGAACAGAGAAUUGAUUCUGGUUUAGUAAUUAAUUAUUUUUUGAAACCGUUAAAGACUAUCGCCUAUAGGCUACCAGUGAAAUGUCUAGAUUAUUCAGACAGAAGGGAGAAUUUCCUGAUAGUGAAUCUAAUUUAGGCUGUGGCUGCUGAGGAACUCGCCAGAUCUGACCUCGCUUUUGGAGCUUGUAUGAUCUUGACAGUUCAUGUGACUUAGUUUCCGCUGCUUGCUUGCUUCCGCAAAUACAAUAUUAAUCCCAACAAGAGGCAGAUAACGAGUCCCAGCACAUCUUCGAACAAGCACCCUGCCUCAGCGGUCAGUUGGGGGUGCAAGCCAUGGUUGCGGGUUCAGCCGUCGGUGGCGUGGAGGUUCCUUACCAACGCUUCUGCUAAUGGUGUUAAGAUGCCCCUCGCCGGCUUCUCCUCCAUGCUGUGUUUUAACUUGUGGCUGAUGUGGAACCUCUUGACUCCAGCUUCCUGUCAAUCACUUAAGGGACCUUGUAGACUGGCUUCACAGAUUGCCCUUUGCAACAAUUGUCGGCUUUCGUCUGUGCCAAGAGACCUACCUGGCAACAUCGCAGAGCUUCAGCUAAACAACAACAGUAUCAGAACAUUGCAGCACAAACGUCUCUCUGGGUAUCCUGCUCUCCGCAUCCUGAGAUGUGCAGGCAACUUACUGGACACUAUCGAGUCAGACGCGUUCCUCAGCACAAGACAUCUAGAGAGCCUCAGUUUGGCUGAUAAUAACCUUUCUAAAGGGUACUCACAGACUGGCCUGGCCUUGCGUGCACUGACCAAGCUGAGGACACUGGACCUUUCAGGGAAUGGGCUCACAGAGGAAAAGGCUUCCUUUGUUCUGGAGAACUUGACCUCACUAGAGUACCUGUCUCUCUCCAGGAAUGUCAUGCUGAGACUGGACACAGAUAUUUUCCGUGACCUUCACCAGCUCAGGGAACUGAACCUGGAGAGAAAUAUGCUCUUUGAGAUAGAUGGUGCCUUUGACCACUUACAGAAGCUUCAAAGACUCAAUUUGGCCUUCAAUAGCUUGCCAUGCCUGGUGAACUUUCAACUUACUCAGCUGGUGGAGCUGAAUGCCAGUCACAAUGGUAUUGAGUUGUUCACCUCCCAGCAGGACAUGAGGGAAACAUUCCACUUAGAGACCCUCGAUCUCUCAGACAACAAGCUUUUCUUCUUCCCUUUUCUGCCUACCCACAGCCACAUUCGGAACUUGCUGCUGUCUAACAAUAGGGUGAGUUUUUAUGAGCACCUUUUAGACAAUAGCUCUGCAAAUUGGGACACCACAGUUCAGUUUUUUAAUCUUAAUGGCAAUGCGAGCAAUGUUACAGUCAAACUGUGGGAUGAGAGUCUUUAUGGGGGCAUCUCCACCAUGGACCAUCUGGACCUGACUGGGAACCAGGUGAUCCACCUCCCACAGGGAUUCUUAAGUAAAAUGCCAUCUUUAUCAAGACUGAAAUUGGGAACAAACUGUAUGGAAUCCCUGGACCUAUCUUCAGGGGAAUUCCCAAGUUCACUUUAUGAGUUGGACAUGAGCAAUAACAGGCUAACUACUCUCCAAGGUAACCAAAGCACAUUGCAUAAACUGAGCAACCUGACACAUCUGUAUCUGAGUCUCAAUUACCUACAGGUACUACCUCCCAGGUUGUUCUCUGCCCUACCUAACAUUGGCACAGUGGAUCUGAGUUAUAAUAGAGUAUGUAUCUGCUCCUUAGAGAAUAACACCACUCCAGAAUACUCUGAUUGUGCUGUUUGGAGCAACAUUGUGUCUCUGAGACGACUUUACCUGGCAGGGUGCAGCCUUAAACACUUGCCGUCCACUGCCUUUGAGAGGACAUCCAUAACACACCUGGACCUGUCAAACAACCCAGAAAUCAUCAUACAGCAAGAUGCAUUGGCAGGUCUUGGCAGUACCUUGCAGUAUUUAGACCUAGGAAACACUGGUCUUCACAACUUUGACUUUACUCCGUUCCGCUACUUAAAGUCUUUAAACAUUUCUAGCAAUUACAUUUUCAAGCUCCCAGGUUCCCUGUUGAAACUUGACCUUACGUUGCUUGACCUGAGGAACAACAGGCUGACAACCAUCCCAACUCGGCAGGCUAACAUGAUUGCCCAAAGGGUUCAGACUCUUUUCAUUGGAGGAAACCCGUUCAACUGCUGCCUGUUGGACUGGUACGGAACAUUUGAGGCAGCAAAUGUGAUAAAUAUCGAAGACUGGGCAGAUGUGACCUGUCAUUAUUUCACACCUGAAGCAUACAGAGUGGAACUUAUAGAUGGGCAGGUGUGUGGGAGCAGUGUUAGAGGUCCCAUUGGGAUAUAUACUGUAUUCUUGAUUCUGAUUGUGCUUCUGGUGAUAGGCAGCUCUGUAAUUAUCUAUUAUAAGGGAUAUAAAAAAGGCAUAUUAUUAGGUAAAAUUAAAUAUUGCACACACACACAUACACACACAAGCAUAAUGUAUAAAUAAAGAAUGCAGUUUCUGUACACAU